AUGCCUGUCUCUAUUCCCAAGGCCGAGAAGCUGCAGGACCUCCUGUCCUUGAAGGGCAAGGUCGUCGUGGUUACCGGUGCUUCCGGACCUCGCGGCAUGGGCAUCGAGGCUGCUCGCGGUUGCGCUGAGAUGGGUGCCGAUGUGGCCAUCACCUACGCUUCCCGUGCUGAGGGUGGUGAGAAGAACGCCAAGGAGCUCGCUGAGACAUACGGCGUGAAGGCCAAGGCCUACAAGCUCCAGGUCGACAAGUACGAGUCCGCCGAGAAGCUCGUCAAGGACGUCAUCUCCGACUUCGGCAAGAUCGAUGCCUUCAUCGCCAACGCCGGCGCCACGGCCGACAGCGGUGUCCUCGACGGCACCGUUGAAGACUGGAACCAUGUCGUCCAAGUCGACUUGAACGGCACCUUCCACUGCGCCAAGGCCAUCGGCCACCACUUCAAAGAGCGCGGCACCGGCUCCCUCGUCAUCACCGCCAGCAUGAGCGGCCAAAUCGCCAACUAUCCCCAGGAGCAGACGAGCUACAACGUCGCAAAGGCAGGAUGCAUCCACAUGGCUCGCUCCCUGGCCAACGAGUGGCGCGAUUUCGCCCGUGUCAACUCCAUCUCGCCCGGGUAUAUCGACACUGGUCUUUCUGACUUCGUCGAUAAGAAGACGCAGGAAUUGUGGCACUCGAUGAUCCCCUUGGGCCGUGAUGGCAAUGCGAAGGAGUUGAAGGGUGCUUAUGUGUACUUCGUUUCGGAUGCGUCGACGUACACUACCGGUGCUGAUCUGGUGAUUGAUGGUGGCUACACUUGCAGGUAG